AGCAUCCAAUCGCCCUCAUCCACACCAUGUUCGCUCCAGCACGCCGGCGGUGCGCGCAAGCCAUUGCAAAAUCCACUUCUCCUGCCGACUCGAUACCGACAUUCCUCCUACUCCGGUUCGCGGCACACAGGACCUUCACCACGACCGCACGAUGCGAGUCCAAGAUUGGGUCACUCCCGCUCUCAGUACCGCCAGGCGUGACAUUUAGCGUGAUUCCGCCGAAAGCAGCUGGUGGAAAGGGCGCAAGGACGCAGUCAAUGAGCACAGUACAUGUCAAGGGGCCGCUGGGCGAGCUGUCCAUGGAAAUACCUCCAUAUAUCGCCAUUGACCAGCAGCGCAUGACGCUCAGCUUACAAGAUGCUACGGAUAAGAAGCAGAAGGCUAUGUGGGGGACAACACGCGCAUACCUCCAAAACCACAUCCUCGGUGUCUCCGAGGGCCACAGCGCCAUCCUGCGUUUCGUGGGCGUCGGUUUCCGUGCCUCGGUCGAAGACACCGCUACCACUGUCGAAGCCGAGUUCCCCGGCCAGAAGUUUGUUAACUUGAAGGUCGGGUACUCCCACCCGGUCGAACUGUGCAUACCCAAGGGCGUCACCGCGAGCACACCGCAGCCCACGCGUUUACUGCUUGAGGGGCCAGAGAAGGAAGUUGUCAUGCAGUUCGCGGCGAAGAUCAGGAAGUGGCGUGUGCCGGAGCCGUACAAGGGCAAGGGUAUCUUUGUGAAUGGGGAGACGAUCAAGUUGAAGAACAAGAAGGUGUCGUAGGCGCGGAAGAGGAGGCGUUGCACUGUGUUGUAUAUCUGUAUCAUAUGCAUGGGCGUUGUACUAUACCUGGGCUGUACAAGGAGCAUGAUACUGCGAGCAAGGCGGUCAUAGUACUUUGAACUUGAACUGAAUCAUC